UAUCAUGUUUAGAAGCACAAAAUUCGUAUGGCUUACAGUAGCAAGAACAGCCAAUAGAAACACAAGCAUCUUGCAGCACAGCGCUCGUAUCAAUCUAUUGCAUCUCUAUAGAACAUUUGUGUCAGUAGCAACAACAACAGCAGACACAUCCGAUCUUGGCACGGGUUUCUCUAGAAAGUCUGUGCUUGGUACCACUCCUCAGGAAAAAAAAGAGCUUUGGGAGAGAUAUGUACAGCGUGUGGAGUCCGAUGAUCCUACUUUGACAGCAGACGAUUUUUUGGAUAUCUGCCGAGUGAUACACUACGACAAAAACACAAACAUUAAAUCAAGGAUCAUACGAACACAGCAAAUCUUGACACAGAUCCAUACUCGCCUUGAUCAAGAAGGAUAUGAUCAAGUCUUUGUUAUUGGAUGUAAUAUGCUGAUGCGUGAUUAUUUAAUCUUGGGCGAUCUCAGUUCUGCCAAAAUUGUGUUUGAAGGAUUGACGCAUUCUACAUCAACACCCAGUGUGACAUCCAUAAUGACUAUCAUGCAUGGCAUUGGCAAAUAUGGCACAAAAGGCGAAUUACAUCAACUUGUGAAAUCAUUGGAGGAAAAGGGAUUGUUUCCUACUGACACAAAUUCGGUCUAUAUCAAAUUGAUUACUGAAUUUAGAAGAUUAGGUGAUUAUGGUGGUUGUCGAUAUUAUUUUGCAGAAAUGUCAAAAAGAGGGUUGGAUACAGAUGAAACUGCUUAUGUUAUUAUGUUUGAAGUAUUUAAAGACGCUCAAGAACCUGAAGCAGCCUAUAAAAUGUUUCAAUACAUGACAAGAAAGGGCAUUGUGGCUACAUUAAGGACCUACAGUGCAAUUAUACCGCUAUUAGCACAGUCAAAGUUAAAGCAUAAAGCAGAUCAACUAUUUCAACAAGCAAAAAAUGCUGGUAUUCCAUUAAGCAGCAACAUUUAUCUUUCAAUGGACUGGGAUCCUAUGGAGACACUUGAAGAAAUGAAAAAGAACAAUAUGCCUGUCACCAUAAGAGAUUAUAAUACAUGUUUAGCAGCCUGUGUCAAACAAAACAAAUUUGGUGAAGCACUCAAGAUAUUUAACUAUAUGAAGCAAGAAGAAGCACCUCUGGAUCGAUUUACAUACAGUAUUGUGAUAGACGCAUUAUCCAAAGAUUUGGAAACACCGACAGAAGUUGUGUUUGACUUGUACAAUGAAAUGAAAAAGAAUCAUAUCGAAAUGGAUGUUGUGUUGUAUACUUCUCUCAUAUUUGCAUGUACACGAUUACAGCAUUUAGAAAGGGCUUUAUCACUUUUAGAAGAUAUGGAUACAUACAACAUCAAGCCCAACAAUUACACAUUCAAUGUUAUUCUAGGCAUUUUGGCCAAUAAGCCAGACAUAUCAAAAACAGAUCUACACAGGACUCGACUUAUAUGGACCAAAAUGACUUCUAUGGGCAUCUCACCAGACACACGGGCAUUCAACCUUUAUCUCUCAAUCAUGUCUAAACUGGUUGAACCAGUGCAUCAUGACAAUACACAACAUGCUUCGCCUGCUGUCUUGUGGGGAGAAGAUCAAGACACAACAACAGAAUAUGUGCCUCGAACAGUCAAAGAAAUACUAAAGACAUAUCGCUAUAUGAGACAACAUAAAGAACAAAAUGUACGCCCUGAUUUUGUCAGUUAUUCAAUCAUUAUCAACAGCCUUGUUGCAGCAGGUCAGAUCAGAUCAGCAAUGCGUGUUUAUGAUGAUGCCAAACUAAAUCGGGUGACAUUGCCUGUCUCUGUCUAUAAUGAAAUCAUGGUUGGUUUACAGAGUGCAGGAAAGAUCUCGGAAGCCAUGAACAUUUGGCAUGAUAUGCGUUUAAAUAGCGUUUUGCCAGACAAUCAGACAUAUGAAAUUGUAUUAGAAAAUUGUGAACAGCUUGGUCUUAUGGACUCCCUAAAAAGUAUACGCGACCAACGCAAAUUAGAUUUCCAACGCUUAACGGAACUAGAAAGGAAGCGAGAGGAACGCAUGUCAGCUAAAAAGAACAAAAGUGCAUUGUAGUAGAGAAUAAAAACUAGUUUUGGUAUUUGAACCACUUUGA